AGGUCGAUGCUGUAGUGCAGUACAAAUAGUGAUUUUUAAGACUGCUGUCUUUAGAAACACUGAAAUAGUAAAAGUGAACCUCCUCUGGACUGACCUAAAUCGAGUCAAACAACUCAAAAAGAUUCAUUUACACCAAAUCUGCGGUUUCUUGAUGUCUGAAUCAAUGAGCUGGAUGAUUCUUCUCUUAAUUCAUCUGACCUCAGCGCUCCAGUCACCAGUGUUUCUGGACAGGCGUGAUGCUGUUCAUCUGCUCAGGAACCGAAGGGCAAACGUCUUCCUGGAGGAGAUGAAGCCCGGGAAUCUGGAGCGCGAGUGUUAUGAGGAGCGCUGCUCUCUGGAGGAAGCGGCUGAGAUCUUCCAGAGCAGAGAGAAAACGAUGGAGUUCUGGUACAGAUAUCAGAAUCAGAAUCUGUGUGGCUUUAACCCGUGUCUGAAUGGAGGAAUCUGCAGCGAGGGCCGCGGUGUUCGCGAGUGUCUCUGUCCUCCGCAGUACAGCGGGCCGAUCUGUCAAACAGAGGUGUUUGACUGUAAGUUUAAGAACGGAGGGUGUCUGCAUUACUGCAGUCGGUCAGAGCAGACGGCAGGUGUUGUGUGCGGCUGCGCAGACGGUUACCAGCUGGAUGAAGACGGACGGAGCUGCAGUCCAGCAGUGCAGUAUCCGUGUGGGAAGCAGUGGAUUGGUGGGAUCAUGUCUCGCUCACUGGAUGAUAUAAACCUCACGGAUGCUGAUUAUGCAAACCACACCCACACCACAGCAAACUCCACCCACUCAUUACAUAAAAACAGUUCACUGGACAACUCGACUCACCCGCCAAACCAAACCGAAUCUGCGUCACAGGACGAGCUGUCUGACACAGGAAGUGACAUCAGCGGCAUGAAUGAGGACGCACGCAUCGUUGGAGGUCAGCUGCAGGGUCAGGGCGGGAGUCCGUGGCAGGUUCUUCUUCGUCGUGAGGAUGAGUACGGUUUCUGCGGCGGGUCUCUGAUCAGUCAGCGCUGGGUCGUGACGGCAGCUCACUGUCUCCAGCAAACACCAGAUCACGUGACCAUCGGUCUGUAG